GCUCUUCCAACAUUCUUUCCUGAAUUUUCAUGGUGGCUAUUUGAUUAGAUCUCAUUUCCCCGCGGCGUGUCAUUCACGGAACUCGGCAAGUGGAUGGAUGCUCUUGACUUUCAAAGCUUGGAUAACUACUACAAUUGAAUGAUUUUAUCAUUCAAGUCAAGAUCCAACGACUCGUCAAAAUAUAUAGGUAUCCCAAAGAGACAACUAAUCUCUUGAAACCACAUUUUGCUGGGGCUCAUAAGAUCCAGCAGCCAUUCUCAUAAAUAUGUCAUCUGAGCUCAGUCCUAUAUCAUGCGAAUCAUGCAGACAAAAGAAGUGCAAGUGUGAUCGAGUCCUUCCCUUCUGUACACAAUGCAACACGGAUCCAUCAAGAUGCACGUAUCCAGAAAGUGGCAAACGGGGCCUACCCCUUGGCUAUCUAACCCAGCUUGAACACCGACUCGAAGAAACAGAAGCGGUUCUUUUCUCUACCUUAUCCACUCUCCAUUCUAUCAAUCCCUCUUUUGCACCUUCAGACACACACAUCCCGCCGGAUCGAAGGGAGAAUAAUACCAAACCGGCCAAGAUGGACGAAUGGAGACGUUUGCCACUGACUUCGCGAAAAGUGGACUUGAUGCGGUGGUGGGAAGAAAAGGGUGGUGAUAGCUCUAGUAUUCGCUUUGGAGAAAGCCAUGAAGGGCUAUCUGGGGAGAGUUCGUCUCAUAAUCUUCGCGUUGAAGGAGAAUAUGUCGGUCUGGAUGAAAGACAGGGGCAGGAUGGAUCUGCAAGUCUUGUGCCUAUGGGAGAUAUUGGGGGCAAAGCAGAAGAGUUGGCGAAGAUGGAGUCGACGAUUUAUUUUUGAUUAUAUCUCAAUAAUAAUAAACUCAUCGUGUUUAGAUUUCUGAAGGGGG